UAUUGCUCCAAACAUGAGUCUUCUUCAACCUUACAUCAAUCUCAAUGUACUGGUCAUUACACUUGACGGUCGUGUGUUGGUGGGAAAGCUGAGAGGAACUGACCAGACGGCAAACGUUGUAUUGGAGAAAUGUCAUGAACGCGUCUUUUCUCAGGAUGGUACCGAAAUUGUGCCACUUGGAUUGUACAUGAUCCGCGGCGAUUGCAUCUGUACCAUUGGAGAAAUCGAUGCCGAAAAGGAAGAAGAGCUUGACAUCACGCAGUUCAAAGCAGAUCCCUUGAGACCAACAAAGAUAUAAAAAAAAUUGGAGAAUGCCAAUAUCUUCUUUUUCUUAGUAUUGUCUUUUGACUACUAUUCCUGUUAUUAUUAUUAUUAUUAUUAUUACUUGCAUCCAUUACAACAACCACAAAGAAAUCAAAACGAAACAGACACGCUUAAGAAUACUUGGGAAUGAUAGAGAGAAAUAGAAAUAAAGCAAGAUAAGAAAGAAGAAGAAGAAAGGUCAAUAGAUGAGGAUUGUAUUUGAAAGGAAAUAUAGCAUAUUCUCCUUCAUCUCCUUCUUUCUCGUACAUCCUACCUCUUGAUUCUUAUUAUUCUUCUUUAAUUCUUUAUUUGUAAUAUAACAAUCUAUGAUUUUUUUUUGUCUGUUUCUUAUUUUAUUACACUAUGUUAUAUAUAUAUAUAUAUCUAUAAGC